ACAAUUCAGCUCAGUAUUCACAAGCCCUGAUUCUCUGUACAUAGUGCCAAACUGAAUAUGUGUAAAGUGACUUAUGUUAUAUUUAUUUAUUUAAAAAAUUACCUGUAGCCUCUUCAGGGGGCUUCCUAAAGGCCAUGGGGGGGGCAGUCUGCAAAUGUUCCCCCUCCCCCCACCAGCCUCUUAAUUCACCGCCGCAGCCCGUCCCAGGCUGAUUUUCAGGCCUGUUUGGGCCUGCAAAGAUCAGCGUAGUGACCAUUUUGGAGGCCACCACACAUGCUCAGAUGGCCUCUGUGAGGCCUGGCAUGGCUCAUUUGAGCAUGCGCAGAUGAACCAAACAUGGGAAACUCCUAUAUCGGGCAGCAGCGAUAUAGGAAGGUGCUGAAAGGCAUCACUAACAUUAAUCUGCACCUAAAUUGCAUUUAUUUGCUGGUAGAUAGGUAUACCUAGGACUGCAGCCCAACACUUGAAAACACUAUUUGGCUUUGGAAGAGUUCUUAGCAUCACUUGGGGAAAGCACCCUACAUCUUUUCGGUUUCUAUGACCAUUCUAGAAGUUAUUACCAAUAUUCUUUCUUUCUUUUUCUUUCAAAGGUAUUUUAAUAAAAACACUACAAGGAAGACUCCAUGGCCACUUCGAAGAACAAAAUGAGAGAUGCUAAGAAGCCAGUUAGAUACUGUUGUAUGUCCAAGCUAAAGGUGUUUCUAGUGGCAUUAUUUUUUGCCUAUCUGGCCAAGACCAUGUCUGGGGCUUACAUGAGCAGCGUGCUUACACAGCUCGAGCGUCGGUUCAACAUCUCUGCCUCGCUGGUUGGAGUUAUUAGUGGAAGCUUUGAAAUGGGCAACUUGCUGGUGAUGGCGCUUGUGAGCUACUUGGGAACAAAACUCCACCGACCUCGCAUAAUUGCUUUUGGUUGUAUAGUCAUGGCUCUGGGGUGUUUUUUGAUAGCACUGCCUCAUUUCCUGAUGGGAAGGUACCAGUAUGAAAGCAGUGCUUCCUUGGCAGAAAACUCUUCCGCAGACCUGGCUCUUUGCUUUGCAAGUCAGAACCACUUUUCCUUGCCUUCCGAAGAACCCUCAGAAGAAUGUGAUGAGAAACAGGCUGGAUCCUUGAUGUGGGUAUUUCUGCUGGUGGGAAACCUCAUUCGUGGCAUUGGUGAAACUCCUAUUGCUCCUCUAGGCGUUUCGUAUGUGGAGGAUUUUGCAAGGACAGAGAAUUCUCCUUUCUACAUUGGCUGCCUACAGAUCGCAACUAUCCUGGGUCCUUUGUUUGGUUUAAUGACUGCUUCAUACUCUGCUGAGCUAUUUGUUGAUGCUGGAUUCAUAGACCUAGAGGAUGUAACACUGAACCUCACCGAUGCUCGCUGGGUUGGGGCCUGGUGGCUGGGAAUUCUGGUAUGCGCAGCGGUGAACGUCCUUGUUGCAGUCCCCUUCUACUUCCUGCCCAAAUCUCUGCCAAAGGAAGGCGAGGAAGACAACACAGAAUUGGCAACCAAAGGAAACAAAACAUUACUCCAAACCGAAAGUCCGGGUAGUACCAGAGAGAAAAUACGUGAAAUUGCUAAAGAUUUCUUCCCCUACUUGAAAAGUCUUUUUCACAACAGGGUGUAUGUACUUUUUUUGUGUAUCACUGUGUUGCAGUUCAGUGCUGACAUUGGGAUGAUUACGUUUUUGCCAAAAUAUCUCGAGCAGCAGUUUGGAAUAUCUGCAUCAGAUGCUAUAUUUUUAAUAGCUGUUUACAAUUUACCUGUAAUAUGUGCUGGAUAUUUUUUUGGAGGCCUUAUGAUGAAGAAAUUCAAGAUAAGCACCUAUACAGCUGCCCACAUUGGCUUUUGGAGUUAUGUGGCUCAAUAUCUCCUCUACUUUACUGCUUUUCUCAUGGUCUGCAAAAGUGCUGCUUUUGCCGGCUUAACUGUCUCCUAUGGAGGGAUCAAUCAAGUCUCCUAUGAAGAAACAACCUUGUAUGCGGACUGCAAUCGUGGUUGUGGCUGCCCAGCCAAAGUGUGGGACCCGGUUUGUGGAGAGAACGGAAUAGCCUACAUCUCGCCAUGCCUUGCUGGAUGUGAAGUCUCAAAUGGAACUGGGAAAAAUACAGUAUUUGGAAACUGCGCCUGCAUGUCAGCAUCAGGAUUUCCAGCUGGAAGUGGCUCGGCGGUGCUUGGCCAAUGUGACAGAAAGGAGGACUGUGGCAUGAUGCUGCACUAUUACUUAAUUUUGUGCUUAAUCUGCUGUUUAAUUUAUUCUUUUGGCGCCAUGCCUGGUUACAUGGUCCUAAUAAGGUCUAUGAAGCCUGAGGAGAUGUCGUUUGGUGUGGGUCUCCAUACCCUGGCAGAAAGACUAUUUGCUGGAAUUCCAUCACCCAUUUAUUUUGGAGCUGUGAUAGACACCACGUGCUUGAAAUGGGGAACCAAGAGCUGUGGUGCAGAAGGAGCAUGUCGGCUAUACGAUGUUGACACAUUCAGAUUGCUGUACCUGGGUAUGUCAUCCGUCCUCCAUGGAUUGUCCUUUGUCCCUUGUGUGUUUAUACUCCUCAUUUUAAAGAAACGGUUAAAGAACCCAACAAGCGAGAACAUAGAAUUGGAAGCCAAAGAAGAGGAGAAUGGAGCAGCUGAACCGAAGGACAUAUCUGAAGCCCAGCCAUGUACCAGGUUACAUCAAGAGGCAACUGGUUGUGGAAACACAGACUGAAGUACUGACGGAAGCUAAUGAAGUGCUGCAUUUUUCUACUUCUUAUGCCUUUUGACAGUUUUGGAAGUGUUUCCUUCCUUUUAAGGCUAAAGGCCAUGUGAACUUUUUCUUUAAAGUAAAUGCAGUUUUACUUUCUAACCAAAAA